AUGGCCACAGCAACAGAGACAGCGACCGCCAGGCCCCAGUUCGGGAGGCGCCUCCUACCCACAAUCUUGGAUGAGAUGGCGCGGACCCAGCCGGGCCGGGAGAUGCUGUCGAUGCCACGUUCAGACAAGGCCAGUGAUGGCUGGCGCCCCAUCACAUUUGGCCAAUUCGCCGACGCCGUCAACCGUGUCGCGGCACUUCUCAUAAAACGACACCCGCGACCACAGACAGAUGACACGGCAGCCAUCGGGUCGAUGCUGCGAGCAUCGGACGAGUACACCACGCGCUUCCCAACUCUGUCUUACGUCGGGCCGAGCGACGUGCGCUACCAUAUCUUCCUGCUGGCCUGCGUCAAGGCCGGCUGCAAGGCCCUCCUUAUCUCGCCCCGCAACUCGCUGCAGGCGCAACUGAACCUCUUUGACAAAACUAGCUGCGGCGCGCUCUACUAUGAUGUUUCCUUCAAGGAUAGGGCCGCCGUGUGGAUCAAAGGCCGCGUAGGGAUGCAGGCUUUCGAAGCCGCGUCGGUGGCGGAGUGGCUCGGCGAGGGCAGCACGCGCCCGGCCCCCGUGGUGCCCUACGAGCGCACGUUCGAGGAGGCCAGGUGGGAUCCCCUCUUUGUGCUGCACACUAGCGGGAGCACCGGCCUGCCAAAGCCGGUGGUGGCGCGCGCCGGGUCGUUUGCGACCAUAGACCUUAGCCGCGCCGUUCCGGACUUCAGGGGGUGCCGGUCAAUAUUUUGGGACACCUUCGGCGCGGGCCGGGUGUUCUCGCCAAUGCCGCUCUUCCACGCCGCCGGCCUAUACGUAAGCCUCACGUCCAGCCUCUUCUUCGACCAGCCCUUCGCGCUGGGCUUCCCGGACAAGCCUCUCACUCCCCAGACCGUCAUGGACGCGGUCAAGCACGCGAACGUGGAUGUCGUCGUCUUGCCGCCCGCCAUCCUGGAGGAGAUGAGUCACAUGCCCGAGGCCGUUGCGGCGCUGGCCAAGCUGGAGAGAGUCACCUUUGGAGGUGGCCCGCUCAGCCAGGAGGCUGGGAACACGCUGGUUGGGAGAGGUGUGAGGCUCACGAACAUAAUCGCCGCUACCGAAAUGGCUCCGCUCUACUACUAUCGACAGACGGACCCGAAGCUGUGGAACUGGUUCCUCAUCAAUACAGAGGCCACGUGUAUCGACUGGCGCAAAUUCGGAGAGAGCGAGGAUGGCACAUUAUACGAGCAGGUCAUUCUGCGGAAGGCCAAGGAUCCAGGGGACCAGGCUCCAUUCUACGUCUUCCCCGAAGCGACCGAGUACAGCACCAAGGACCUGUACUUCAAGCACCCAACCGUACCCAACCUCUGGGGGUACCACGGGCGCUCCGACGACAUCAUCGUCUUCUCCAACGGCGAGAAGCUCAACCCCGUCAGCAUCGAGGCCGCCGUCUCGCGCCUCCCGGAGGUGAAGAGCGCGCUCGUCGUGGGGCAGGGCUAUUUCCAGCCUGCUCUCUUCGUCGAGCCGGCCGACGACGCCGCCGCGACGCCCGAGGAGCAGGAGGCGCUCAUCGCCCGCGUCUGGCCGGCCGUGGAGCGCGCCAACAGGGAGACGGUAGCGCACGGCCGCAUCGUCCGGGAGCUGGUGGCCGUCACCCGGCCGGACAAGCCCUUCCCGCGCGCCGCCAAGGGCACCAUUCAGCGGUUCGCUGCUGUGAAGCUGUACGCCGAAGAGGCGGCGGCGCUAUACGAGAAUUUUGGUGGGCAGGACGGCUUCGAUCGCGAUGGCGACGAGGAUCCUCUCAACGGGGGUAGCUUUGUCCCAGACCUAUCUUCGGACCAGGCGCUCGCACAGUCUUUGGCGGAGCUGUUCAGGCGCCUGGCCGGUCUCAAGGAAAGGGGCGCGACCUUGGAUGUCGACACGGAUUUUUACACCGCUGGGGUAGAUUCCCUGGCCACCAUACAGGCGGCGAGAAUAUUACGCAAGGCUUUAGGCACUGCCACCAGUAAGAAGCUACCGGUCGACGCAGUUGCCCCGAGGCUGAUCUAUGCCAACCCCACUCCAAACCUGCUGUCCUCGUACCUGAUGCGGGAAGUCGUCAGCGGUCACAGCAAGCAGAACGGCCACACCAGCGGGAUCGACGGAGUCGAUCCCAGCAUCAAAAUAAUGCAAGCCCAGCUGGACAAGUACACCCAAUGCCUCCCCGACCCUGCCGCCCAGAAGCAAAAGCCCCCGGCGAGGACUCAGGGGCAGACCGUCAUCGUCACCGGCACGACCGGCGGACUCGGAUCCUACCUCCUCGAGCAACUCCAGGCCUCACCGGCAGUCGCCAAGGUCAUAUGCCUCAACAGGACCGAGGACGCGCGCGAGCGGCAGGUCCGGGGAAACACGGAGCGGGGACUCGACACGGCCCUGGCCAAAGCCGAGUUCCUGCGCGCCGACCUCUCGGAGCCCCGGCUCGGGCUGGCCUCGGAGGUGUACGAGCGGCUACUGGCCGAGACGGACCGCAUCGUGCACAACGCGUGGUCCGUCAACUUCAACAUGAGCAUCGCGACCUUUGAGCCGUGGGUGCGCGGCGUCCGGUACCUGAUCGACCUCUCGGCCGCGUGCGCGCGCCGGGUGCCCAUCGCCUUCGUCAGCAGCAUCGCCGCCGUCGAGGGGUGGCUGGGGCCGGAGCCCGUGCCGGAGCGGCAGCUGCCCGACCUCGGCCUGCCGGGGAUGGGCUACGGGCAGUCCAAGCUGGUGGCGUCGCUGGUGCUGGACGAGGCGCGGGCGCGCGGCGGGGUCCCGAGCGCUAUCGUGCGCGUCGGCCAGAUCGCGGGGCCGCGGUCCCGGAGGGGCGAGUGGACGCGCCGCGAGUGGCUGCCGACCCUGGUCCGCAGCUCGCUGCACCUGGGCCUGCUCCCCUCGGACCUGGGCGGCGGCAUGGCCGCCGACGUCGACUGGGUGCCCGUCGAGGACGUGGCCACCCUGGUGCUCGAGGUCGCCGGGGUCCUGCCGCGCCGCGAGGGCUGGGCGGCCGGGGAGGACGAGGACAAGGUCGAGGGCUACUACCACGGUAUCAACCCCACCGCUGCCAAGUGGGCGCUGCUGGCCCAGGGGAUCAGGGGGUUCUACGGUCCGGGGCGGAUCCGCGGGCUCGUGCCUCUCUCUGAGUGGGUGGCGGCGCUGGAGCGGAGCGCGGCCGAGACGGGGGCGGUGGAGGACCAGGUCGAGAGGAACCCGGCGGUCAAGCUGCUGGACUUUUACCAGGCCCUGGUGGAAGGGGGCACGGAAGCUCGGACGUACGAGCUGGCUAGGACGGUGGGCAUGAGCCCGACGUUUGCGAAGCUCGAGGCCGUCACCCCUGAGCUGAUGGUGAACUGGUGCAGGCAGUGGGGGUUUUGUGCGUGAUCCCCUUGCCACCGCCAUGGGCCACUCCCUUCGCCCCUCCAACCUGUUUUUGUUUUCGGCUAAAAAUGUUCUGCGAAUUAGCGUGGUACCCAGGUUGUAAGGUUUGUUACGCCAGGCCACACAAGCAGAAUGUCACGUAGAACGAACGACUUUGCAUCUGCCAACAUACAGGUAUUACACACGAUGCAUGCAUCACGAGCAGAGCUGCAGCAUCAACGCAUCAUCAAGCACGCUAUCGACUGCUCAUAGCCGUGUCAAACGGAUGCCUUUUUUUUCGCAGAGCACAAAACUUCCCUUUUCUCGGGGACACGGCCGAGGUGCAGCCUUCUCCUCGCGCCCAUCUCUCGCCGAGGCCAAGGGUUGCAUACGCUACCCGCAGCGACCUGCAUUUCAACCCCCACAUAUCUUGCUGGGUUAGUGUAACAUCCGAGCAUGCCGAAAGGACUGCUGCGUUUAUCACUUUCCUCUUCUUCUUUUUUUUUUCACCCGCUCCCCUCCUCAACAUUGGACGAGAAGAGGUAGUAGCAUCGCUUAGACUCGGUAGGGAACCCGUCCAGAGGCCAUGUGAUCAGCGGGGGCCGGCGCCGAGAUGGAGAUGUGACGGAAAAGAUCACGGCGGAGCUACCAUCGCUGCGUGUUGGUUUGGUAGAUGGCUCCAUAUAAUAACGCAAAAUGAGGUUAAUACGCCGCGGUGUCGGCAUGCUUUUCCGCGGACGAAUGAGUUGAGGGGUUGUCAGGGGUAUCAUGG